CAAGUGAUUGAUUCUUCGUUUCUAGUUAGGAAAGGAAAAUAUGCUGCCCAAGAGGAAUCUGGAAGACAGUCUUCAAGACGAGGAAUUAUCAAAGACAUUGGUUUUCUUCCGCACUUUACGAAUCAGCCUUGAAUAUUUUUUCCUCGCCUGAUAUCUUGGUUUUGUAUCGACGAUAGACAUAAAAGAGGCGCUUAUAAAAUUUUACCAGGCCUUGAACAUGUUGAAGGAACUCAAUGGCAUCAUAAACGUGUCAUCUUCUAGAAUCCAAUGCGAGUAUUUAUAAAACAACCUAAUUAAUCGAUCAUAAGACUGGAUUGUUCCCAACAGGACAUUGCCGCUGCAAAUGUGCCCAGUCGACCUACUCCUUCAGAUGACAAUAAAGGACCAAUUGUUACACUGCUCUUUCUCAGGCAAAGUAUCAUCCAGGCUUUAAAUGGACAUGGGAUUGACAACGCCCUUCUUUUGAUUUUCCCGUUUUCCGCUAACCAAAAGACGAGUGAUUUCCAAAGAGGCUGAAUCAGAAAUGAAGCGAUGAAUGAUCUUCAGUUCUGAUAAUUACUUCUGAAGGAACAUAAACGUAUCUUGAUUACAGUGUGCCAUCCGCCUGGGAAUCUAUUCCUAUUCACUUGCUUCGAGUUAUAUUAUGCUGAUGAGAAUCGUUCUCAAAUUCUGAAAGGAUAGAUAUCUUUAUGAAUAAAUGUUAUUUCGUCCCAACUUUGGAUGUAGUUAGGGAGUGAAUUGAAAAAGUGCUCCGUGACAACAUUAACGAUUAAAGAACGCAUCCUUUAAUUUGCCUGUUCGAAUUUAACUACCAUUUUAACGGGGAGAAGUUAGCGUGUUUCACAAAGAGUGAAGGAGACAAAUGCACAACUCUUGAAGGAAAUAUACCUAAAACGGAACGCAGAGUAUAUUCUCAGUACAUUACUUGUAAGAUCCUGUAUGUCGACCGAAGGCGACAUGGUUUAUAUACAAGAGGUACAUUUCAGUGAUCUUUCUGCCAUGACUGACGGAGAUGGAUGUCCGCCAGGGGUGGGUAAUUAUUCGAGCGUACGUUAUGCAGACGAAUAUCUUUACCCAUCUGGUGAGGCGGUCCUCAUCACAAUCGUCAUGCCGAUUAUUUGGGUCAUCGGCGCCAUAUCCAAUAUUGCCUUCAUUUUCGUCGUAGCGCGCAUCCGUCGCAUGCGUACAGUCACCAACUUCUACCUUCUCAAUCUGGCCGUCGCGGACAUCAUGUUUUUGUGUUUUGCAAUUGGAGAAAAGUUGGGCCGUUAUGUAGCGUCCCCGAUUUACAAUGAUCAGUUCAACCUGAAGACAGUCGGGUGUGUGCUCGUCAACUUCUUCGUACAGCUCUCCUACUAUGGCUCAAUCUUUUUGGUUACUCUGGUAACCCUCGAGAAGUACUACGCAGUGUGUCGACCUGUCCAACACCGGCUUAUCAGUGGGCACAAACGAACGAUCCGGACCAUAGCGGCGGCGUGGUUACUGGCAAUUGCUUUCGCAGCAAUCCUCAUUCCAUCGUGGGCAAACUGGACCCCGAGUUGUUUGAAGUGGCCGGAUAUUGAAAAGUACUACUCCUUACCAAACAUAUUCGCCACCUGCCGCCCAAUAUCUGUCACGUAUGCUUAUUUCAGCAACGGUAUGCAAACAAUCCCGUUUUUCGUCGUCUUGGUUCUUAACUUCCUUAUGUAUGUGUUUAUCAUACGCGCUGUUAAUACGCGCGUAGUUGCACGCGAAAAUUACCUUGCGUCAUCUGUCGCGCGUAGUAUCCGGAUACGUAACCAGGUAGUGCGUAUGCUCGUCGUAAAUGGCAUCAUUUUCUUCAUUUGCCUCGCUCCGCUACAGAUCUUUUCGUUCGUCUCGAUGAUUAUCGGCAUAUUGGAGGCCGUUACGGACAGUCGUUUCGUAAUCAAUCAGGAGGAACAGAUUCUCUGGACAUGCCGUAUCUUCUCCUACAUCAAUUCGGCCAUCAACCCAUUCGUGUAUACAUUCAUCAACCCGAGGUACCGACAGGCAUUUAUGGAGGCAUUUGCAUGUUGUCAUUCACUAAAACGCCAUCUGCUGAAGAAGGCAAAGGUCCAAGAGAAUGGAUCAAGUAAUGUCAGCACGGAUCAGACUGCCACCAUGAAGCGAAUACAAAUCCGCAAGGAGUCAAUGGCCACUACCGAUUCCCAAUUGUCGAAGAGUCGCACCCCAUCGAUCGUCGCAAACGACGUUGCAAUUUGAAUUAGAUUCAGCUGCAGAUUUUUAAAUAUUCCUUGAGGACUUGGGAGUAAACGUACGCACACGAAUACACACUCGUCGAUUAGUUCGACAAAUGGUUGACUUACGCACUUCAGUGAUAAUGUAAAAUUACGCGAAUAGAAAUUCAAAAAAAAUUCAUGCGGAGAGAGUAGUUUGUGUUGUAAAUAAGGGUUUUGUUUUAUUGUCAUUUAUGUGUAAACGAAAAAAAAAUCAAUUUCGGUCUCAGAAUAAGCGAAAAAAAUUCGUACAAACCACAACUUCGCGCGAUUUUAGCAUGUGAUGCUUGGAAAGAUGCUGCUGUUUAUCAAUGAUGCACAUGAAAUUUGCAUUAAUGUCAUGAGAAGUUCACACCAACUGCAAUAGGGCUGCUUUAAGACUCAAACAUUCGUCGUAUAGGGCAUAGGCGAAUCCAGGGGGCGAGGGGCCUGCCUCCCCCCCCCCCCCCCCCCCCCCCUUAUUGGCGGAGCAAGAAAAAAAAUAAAAAAGGGGGGAAAGAAAAAAAAAGGAAAAAAGAAGAGAAAAAAGGGGGAAACAUAAGAAGAUGAAGACAAGUUAAUAAAAUAAGAUGAGGGGAUGACUUGGAAAAUCGUUUUAACAAUACUAUAUGUUAGGUGAUUUACAUAUCUUGCUCAAUUUGGAGCUUAAAAUAUCAAAUUUUGAAGUCAAUAUACAAAGGAAAUGAUUUUUUUUUUAAUUUACAAAUUGAUUUUUAAAAAGUGUUCUGUAAAAAAUUCUGUUUUAUGGCCAAGGCCAAGGCUUCAAUACCCAAAGCAUGGAAAGCCAAUGCUAAGGCCAAGGCAUAAAAACCCAAGGCCAAGGCCUGAAAACCUCAAAAGUUCAAGGCAUUGCAAACUUUCGAUAUAUGGAACAAUGCGGCAGAUAUGGCACAAAGGGCAAAAUGUUUAAAAGGUAUGAGCGAGCAAAAUUUUGACCAAUGUUCAUAGGCUUGCAUUGGUUAGAUGGGCUUGUGCCGAUUGGUUGGUUGGCUUGAUAUGGUUGGUUAAUUGGUUAAUAUCAUAUGGAUACAUGCUCUACAAGCAGGACUUUUAGUGGAUCCCCUCGUUUCCAAGCAAGUUAUUUUUAAUACAAUUGUACAAAUUUCACAAUUUGUCUGUAUAGUUGUUUUGUAAUUAUUAUUGAUAUGUAUUUGUAAUUAUGCAUUUGAUGCAUAUUUGAUUUGUAAUUGCUUAUGAUGUACAUGACCGAAGUUCAAAAUGAACUUGUUUUUGUUUGGUUAGAUGGGCUUGUUAUGGUUGGUUGGGUAUUAUGAUCAUAGGGAUCCACGCUCUACAAGUAGCUUUUUAGUGGGUCCCCUCAUUUCCAACCAAACUAUUAAUACUUUUGUACAAAUUUUUAAGUUUUGUCUGUAGUUUACUUGUAAUUGCAAUUAAUAUGUAUUGGCAUUUGUUUAUGCGCAUAUGAUGCAUAUUUAAUUUGUAUUUGGCUAUGAUGUACAUGACGGAUGUUGAAAAUGAACUUGUUUUUGGUUGGUUGGAUGGAUGGGCUUUUCAUGAUUGGUUAGUUAUGAUCAUAGGGAUCCACGCUCUGUAAGCAGUUCUUUUAGAGGAUCCCCUCAUUUCCAACCAAGCUGUUGUUAAUACUAUUGUACAAUUUUUUUACAUUUUGUCUGUAGAUGACUUGUAAAUACAAUUGAUAUGUAUUGGCAUUGUUUAUGUAUCAUAAUUGAUGUACAUUUGAUUUAUUGUGUAUUUGGUAAUGAUGUACAAGACGAGCUUAAACUUGUUUGGUUGGUUACAUGGGCUUGCAUUGGCUGGUUAGAUGGGCUUGAUAUGGUUGGUUGGCUGGGCUUGUUCUGGUUGACUAGAUGGGCUUGUUAUGGUUGGUUGGGCUUGAUAUGGUUGGUUGCUUGGGCAUGUUUUGGUUGGUUGGAUGGACUUGCAUUGGUUGGUUGGAUGGGCUUGUUAUGGUUGGUUGGGUGUGCUUGAUAUGGUUGGUUGGGCUUGUUUUGGUUGGUUGGAUGGGCUUGUUUUGGUUGGUUGGAUGGGCUUGUGUUGGUGUUUGGCCUGAUUACUGAGUCUUUUUUCUUACAUCAGUCAAAGUUCAACACCAGGGGGAGGCACUUCAUACUAAUUAUGUCAAGAAAAUUGGGAGAGGGGAACCCAACUUUCAAAAGUCUCCUGGUUUGGAAGUCCGGCUGGAUGUCAUCCGGCAGGUUCCCCUUCCAAGAAUUCAUGUUCAGGUCUUGAAACCUCUUCCCCAAUUGUAUUACACUCACAUGAAAUAAUCUUGAAUUGAAUAGAUGAUAAAUGUAAAUAGGGGAGUCCGCACCCCAGGAAAAACCUGUCCUGGGAACCUGUUUCGAUCUCUUCCUUCUGGGAGGUCACGUGGCCCGGUUUCCCCCUUAAAAUCUGGUUGAUUGUGGCUUGAUGAAAAUUGUGUAGAAACUGUGUCCUUGUUAACAAAUUGUAAAUGUCGUUUUAAUGAUUCUGGGAAAAUCCCCCAUUGAGAGGCAAUAAAAGUUGAGA